GGUUUAAAAGGAGGAAAGGAGGGCGCCGCGGCUUCGGCGGCUGCGAAGUGCACAGGGGCGGAGGAGCGUCAAGGCUGCAGCCAUGACCCUGCGGGCGGGGGGCGCUCGGCUGCUCAGCGGGCUGCUGCUCUUCGCUCUGCUCGCUGCAGCUGCCGGGGCCGCGCCGCUCAGCUGGGGUCCCCCAGAGCAUCGCAGCCGGGCCAUCAAGAUCCGAGUGCACCCGCGGGGCAACCUCUGGGCCACCGGUCACUUCAUGGGCAAGAAGAGUCUGGAAACCCCCAGCCCAUUCCUCUUGGGGACAGCUUCCCACGUGUCCCUGAGGGACCAGAGACUGCAGCUGAGUCAUGAUCUGCCCAGGAUCCUCCGUCUAAAGAAAGUUCUGGGCAUGAGCCUCAGCCGGCCAGCACCUCAGCCCCAGGACAGGAGGCUGCUGGUGCAAAUGCUGCAGAAGGGAGGCUGGUAAUGAGGAAGAGAUGCCCACGUGACUUAGACUGUGCCCAUCCAGGGAAGGUGCUGAAUGGGACCCUGGCGGUGGCCCCAUCUGGAAGUAAAACCUGAGCUCAAAUGUCUGUUACUAUGUUACUCUGAUUUCGGUUGUGUCGCCAGGAAUAUUGCCGAUGCAGACACAAAUUAUGUCCCUGCUGUAUUUCUUGCUUCCCUGUUGAAGUUGUGAAUAAAACCCUUGCUCUUA